AUGACACAACCAGGACCUCAGGCUCCUCACGGUAGCGUCAAUGCAGAUACGUCACAAUCAACGGUACAUAGAGGCUCUAUUGCUGACACUACAAUUGUCCAAACAACACAGGCUGUGAGUAGAAAUUCCCAUUCGGGAGGCGAUUCAACCACAUCGUCUUCUAGACUCUCAUCACACACCGCACAACUUGACACCUCGUCGUCAGUCGAGAUCAACAAUCCCGAGUUGGAAAACAAAGUUUUGUUAGAUAUACUGUUGGUUUCGGGAAAACGCUACACCUUUUCUUUCGAACCUGGAGACACUGUCACAAGGGUUAAAAAUUUAAUUUUCACUGACUGGCCGAAGG